AUGUUUAGUAUGCCUCAAUAUUUAUCUGCUGAUAAAGAAAAAGAAUUAGUUGAAAUAGCUGCUACACUUAUAACGAAAGGCAAAGCUUCAAUGUUAAAACGUUUUCAAUCAAUUGCUCUUGAAAAUAACGAAGAAAAUCGUCGUCUUUAUCGUCAAAUUUUAUUUACUGGUUCAAAAGAACUUUCAAAUUAUAUAUCCGGUGUUAUUUUUUUUCAUGAAACAUUUUAUCAAUAUGAUAAUAAUGGAAAACUAUUUCGUGAUAUAUUAAAAGAAAAAGGUAUUAUUUCUGGUAUUAAAGUUGAUAAAGGUCUUGUACCAUUGGCGGGUACAAAUGGAGAAAAUACAACACAAGGUCUUGAUAAUCUUAGUGAAAGAUGUGCACAAUAUUAUCGAGAUGGAGCACGUUUUGCUAAAUGGCGAUGUGCAUUAAAAAUUGAUGAUGGUUUACCAUCGGAAUUAUGUAUUCGUGAAACAUCAAAUGUUUUAGCACGUUAUGCAUCAAUUUGUCAACAAAAUGGCAUUGUACCAAUAGUUGAACCAGAAGUAUUACCAGAAGGUGAUCAUGAUUUAAAAACAUGUCAAUAUGUUACUGAAAAAGUCUUAGCAGCAACAUAUAAGGCACUAAGUGAACAUCAUGUUUUCUUAGAAGGAACAAUUCUUAAACCAAAUAUGGUUACUGCAGGUUUUGAUUGUAAGAAAAAAUAUAAACCAGAAGAUAUUGCUCGUGCAACAGUAACGGCAUUGCAACGAACUGUUCCACCUGCUGUGCCAGGCAUUUGCUUUUUAUCUGGUGGUCAAUCCGAAGAAGAAGCAUCAAUUAAUUUAAAUGCUAUUAAUCAAUAUCCAGGCAAAAAACCAUGGACAUUAACGUUUAGUUAUGGACGAGCACUUCAAGCUAGUGUUCUUGCUACAUGGGGUGGUAAACCUGAAAAUAUUUUAGCUGCACAAAAUCAACUUCUAAAAUGUGCUCAAGCUCAUGGUGCUGCUGCCAAAGGUGAAUAUAAAGGUGGUGCUAGUGGCACAGCUGGUGGUCAAUCAUUAUUUGAAGCCAAUAGAAAUUAUUAA